CGGGCACUUCUCUUCGGUUGUUCUCUCUAGUAUUUUACUAAUUUAGUUAUUUUAUAUAAAAAUAGAAAAGUUUUCCUAAACACCUCCACAUAUAUUUUCCGACACGUGUGUGUCGGAUUUAGUUGUUAGAUAGUGUCAUUUACUACGGACAAAUAGCCGACGAAAAUGACAUCGACAUCUGAAGGCGAGCACAUCGAACAACAUGAACAGGAGCCCAUGGAUGUGCGCAUCGACAUGCCGUGGGGCUACGUGGUGGGCAGGUGGUACGGCAACCGGCAGGUGCGACCCAUCCUGGCGCUUCAUGGAUGGCUGGACAACCUGGGCACGUGGGACAAAUUGCUGCCACUAUUGCCGAAGCACCUGGGAGUGCUGUGCAUCGACCUGCCCGGACACGGGUACUCCUCGAAGCUGCCGGAGGGGAUCGCCUACCAUUUUGUGGACUACCUGUGCGUGAUCCUGCGCAUAAUGGAGGAGUACGGAUGGCAGAAGGUGUCCUUAAUGGCUCACUCGAUGAGCGCCAUGUUGUGCUUCGUGUUCGCCUCGCUAUAUCCUCACCGCACCGACCUGCUGGUCAGUAUAGAUAUAGUGAAGACCCGCUAUAGGAAGCCCGCCUCGCAGAUCGACUACCUGCGGAAUAAUAUAGAGGGAUAUAUGGUGGAGGACGAGCGAUUCGCGAAUGCCAAGCGACAGGAGCCUCCGGCAUAUACCUACUCCGAACUCGAGCAGGUCCUUAACAAGGGCUCGGAGUACUCGGUGGAGCUGGAGAACUGUCGUCACAUCCUGGAACGCAACAUCAGCCGAUCCACCAAGUUUCCGGCCAAGUUCUUCUUUUCGCGCGAUGGCCGUUGCAAAUACUACACAGAGUUCCACACGAGUCCUCCUUUUGCCGCUGAAUUGGCGAGGACCAUACGGAAUGUGCCCUACUGCGUGAUCAAGGGCUCCGAGUCCAACUUUAUAGACGAGCAGAGCGACGAGGUCAUUGGCAUUCUGCGGGAGAACAACCCUCACUUUGAACUCCACGAGGUGCAGGGCACCCACCACGUCCACCUGAACAAUGCCCACGGAGUGGCCGCCAUCAUCAAUCCGUUCAUAUUGCACCACCGACCGCCGCAUUUGGAAACUUGGACGGUGGACGAAACAGAUGAAACACUUCCCGAGGUGGUCAAGGAAUUUAAGUUGGCCGUGGAGGACUCAGAAAAUGUCAAGCGAAGGAAGAGAAAAAGUAACCUCUAGCUGCUGCCAACAUCUCUAACGUUCAGUCAGCAGCGCGAGGAGAAAGUUUUCAAUUCUAAAGAUAAAUAUUGAUUUCACUAAUACCAUGUGAUGUUUCUUUAAAGCUUUAAAUUUUUAGACAAAUUAGAAAAUUGUAUACCAUUACUUAUGGGUUCUUUUACACAAAGAAUCAUUUAAACUUCUUAUUAAAAAGCAAUCCUAAGUUAAAGAUAAUUUGUAUGUUCUUAAAAUUAAUAAAAUUACAUAGAAUCAAUAAUGCCGUAAAUUUAAAUAAACAUUAGUUUAUAAAUUAA